AUCAACUGUACUGUUUUUUCCCCUUUGAAAACGUAUUUGGAUUGUGGUGUUCACAUAAAGAUUAUAAAGUGGAGAUCUUAAGAAAAGCCUUAGAGUUUGUGAACUUAAACGCUACAGCAGUAUGUCGGCCCCUGUCUCAGGUAGGAAGACCCCGGUGGACCACGGCGUGCAGAUUCGGUUUAUAAACGACCUGCAUGACAGAGGAGGUGGAGGAGGAGGAGGAGGAGGUGGAGGUGGAGGGGGAGGAAGAGGGAUGUCAGGGGGAGCCCGUAAGGAGGGCUCGUCAAAGCCCAGCUCGUUUGGUCGGUACGGCGUGGCGGUGAAGGUGCAGCACAUCGACGGCCAGGCUUACGUGGUCCUGAAAGACGGCAAAAAGGGCGAAUCCUACGGAGUGAAACUGCCACAGCAUCGAGGCGCGCCGCCAUCUUACAACAGCCUGCCCAGGAGGAGAGAUGACGGAACUGUACAGGGGGAGUUCUCGUCAGGCGAGAGGGCCUCCAUGCGCAGGGCGCAGUCCCAGGGUUCCCUGCUGGUUAGUGACGAGAGCAACGACGACUUCAGGGACCAGUUCAGGCGGCCGCCGGGGGACGGGCGCUCGGGCAGCUACGGCAACCUGGAUGGAGGGAUCGGGGUCGGGGUCGGGGUCGGGGGAGAGAGGGACCGGACCAGAGGACCGCGUCUGGAACGGAACCAGUGGGGGGGCUCGUACCAGACCGGUCUGAACGGGCCUUUGGUCAGAGGAGGCGGGGGGGGGGGGUCAGUACACGUCGUCCACCGAAUCGUUCCCCGACGCGCGCCUAACCCCACCGCGGGAAGAGUACGCCCAUCGCCAGACGGCCGCCGCCGACCCCACCUCCCAGGCUUCCGUCAGCAGACCGGGCAGCAGGCUCGACGAAGGCGGGAGCGCCACUGGAGGACCGGUCAGGGGGCGCUCUCCCGCUCAGGACGCGAAGGAGCUCAGGGCCUCCCCUGCCUUUACCUCGGCCCCAUCUCGUGCCUCAAGCUCUUACUCCUCCCCUCCCACCUCAGCCUACAACAGCACGGGGCGGAGCUCGGGGUCGGUUACCGAGGAGACGGCCGCGGACGCGCACGUGCCCCCUGACCUUCUGAUGGACCAGGGUCAAAGUUCAGGUUCAGAGUUCGGGAGUGAAGAGGAUCAGAUUCAGCAGAUCAUCUACUCC